AUGGUCAACUGGCUCUAUCAGAUGAUCUUAAAACCAAGGUUUCUUCACGCGGUGGUUGUCUGGUGGUCCAGGACUCAACUGAUAACGGUUAAAGAGAAACUGGGCCAACUGCAAGCAAUGAUUUUCAGGGGUAUUACGGGGGCAAUGAGGACCACGCCAACAGCUGCGUUGGGAUUCAUGCUUGCCGAGGCACCUCUGCAUAUUGCCGCGGUGAAAAAGGCGGCUCUUAUUAUGAGCAGGUUAACUGCGCAGGGAAGGUGGAAGGUUGGUGGUAUACACACCAAGCUUCCACGCUCAAUUCUAUCAAUACCAGAAUUAAGUAUGGUGCAAGAUAGAAUGAUCAAGAGGGUGAAAUUUAAACCCCGCUUUAAGAUCAUUACACCUUCCAGAAUGGACUGGAAGAAAGGUUUUCCACUUGGGGACGAAGUCUGGUAUACAGACGGCUCCAAGAUGGACUGCGGUGCAGGCUUCGGAAUUUAUCGGAAAACUGGCUGCAUUAAAGUGGCUGAGUCAUUAGGACAACAUGCCACGGUCUGGCAGGCAGAGGUCUGUGCGAUUUUAACUUGCGCCCAAAUAUCCAUUCGAAAUGGAACAAAGGGCAAGAGGAUUAGUAUUUGUGUGGACAGUCAAGCGGCCUUAGGGGCUCUGAAAAAUCCCACAAUAGAAUCAAAACUCGUCUGGGAAUGCCGCAGCGUACUAGAUGAGUUGGGUUCAACAAAUAGACUUUCAUUGAUUUGGGUACCGGGUCACUCGGGAAUCAAGGGUAAGGAAAGAGUAGACGUCUUGGCGAAAACCGGUUCCGAGACGAAAUUUAUAGGUCCUGAACCAGCAGUGGCAAUAAUGCCAUGCUUGGUUAAGGGAGCCAUAGAAAGAUGGGGUGAAAAGGAACAUGAGAAGUAUUGGGCGAACGUUGGGGUGGGAAGGCAAGCGAAAACUCUGUUGGGGUUAGCACUCAACAAGAGGCGAGCGAGCGAUCUCCUAAAACUCGAUAAGAUCAGAGUUAGAACCGUAGUUCGUCUACUUACGGGUCAUGGACUAUUGAACUACCAUCAGCAUAAAAUAGGCAGACAAGUUUCACCUAUGUGCAGACUGUGUGGGGAAAGUAACGAAACUUCAACUCACAUAUUAUCUGAAUGCCCAGCGUUAGCUAGGAUCAGGCUAUGUAGCUGGGGUCAAGCAAUUAUUGACCCUAAGCAGGUGAGCAACCUAUCGAUAGUAGAGAUACUGGACUUCUGGAGAAGAACAGGACUCUAA